GGUGUCUCACAGUGUGGAGGUACAGACCAGGGGAGGCUCAGUGUGAGGACACAUGCCCUGUGCUGAGCUCAAGGCCACUCUGUGGGCACUCAGUCAGUGACAGGCUUUGCUGACACCACGUGAUAAACCAAGAGGACCCCCAGGAUGAACAGUGACCACCCUGUGUCUCCCCCAGGAGUGGCUGCACAGGAGCUGCAGGUGAUUCAGCCUGAGAAGCCAGUGUCUGUCGCUGCUGGAGAGUCGGCCACUCUGCACUGCUCUGUGACCUACCUGCUCCCCGUGGGUCCCCAUCUGUGGUUUAAGGGGGCAGGGCCAGGCCGGGAGUUGAUCUACAAGUUCUUAGGAGGCUACUUCCCCCGAGUCACAGUUCUCUCAGAUGUCACAAAGAGGGACAACAAGGACUUUUCCAUCCGCAUUAGUAACGUCACCCCAGCAGACGCCGGCACCUACUACUGUGUGAAGUUCCAGAAAUCGACCCCUUAUGAUAAGGAGUACAAGUCUGAACCAGGCACCGAGUUGUCUGUGCGAGGUGAGUGCAGCUGCCUCCUCCUCCCUGGGGUGGGACAGGAGGUCAGGGGUCACGCCCUCCACCCUGGGGGCCACAGCUGAGAAGCAGGAGCAGCACUGGGUGCUCAUGUCAUGACCUGCUGUCACCCCUUCUGCAGGUCAGGGAGGCAGAGGCCUGAGGGGGCCAUGCUAUUUGGUCCAGGCUCCAUGGCUGGGAAAUGGGGGACAUCUGCACCCCUCACCUGCCUGCUCCAAAGCCCUGACCUUUUCCAAUCUGGCCCAGCCCUGUGGCUCCCCAGCUGAGGGCUCUGAGGGUUUGGGGGACCUUCCAAUCACAGAGCCAGACCACAUCUGUUACCUUUAGUGAGCACUUCCCCUGUGUGGGUGAGCCUUC